AUGGACAGUUCAGAAAUAGCUCCCUGGCAGGUGGAUGAGGCACUUUCACUAAAAGGAAAAAGACUGGAUUUUUAUGGAAGAGUUGACACGCAUGUGAGCCUGACCAACACGGUUCCUGAACUCAGUCGAUUCACGGCAUGCAUUGACCUGGUGUUCGCGGAUGACAAAUUAAGUGGUUGGAUGGCCUUCUCCUAUAUUACUAAUAACACCUUCCUGGGCAGAGAAGACAUAGACCUUGGACUUGGAGGAGACCAUCAGCAGCUAAUACUAUACAACUUGGGCAAGACCUUUUAUAUCCAUUACCACCUGACUCCCUUUCAGUGGCAUACCAUCUGCUUGAUAUGGGAUGGUGUGAAGGGCAGAUUCGAGCUCUUCCUGAAUACAGAAAGGAUACUGGUAAUGAUGGAUCAACCGCAAAACCUGACACCUAAUGGGACUCUGAUUCUAGGACAUUUUCUCACGAACUGGGACAGCCAGGUAGGAAGCGCACUGCCUGGCUUUACCGGCAGCUUGUACUACUUUCAACUCUGGGACCACAUCCUGGAAAAUGAGGAGUUUCUGAAGUGUGUGGGUGGAAAUGUUGUUAGCUGGGAAGAAGAUGCUUGGCUCAUCAACAAGGUCAUCCCGACUGUUGACAUGAGACUGCGCUGCUUUGUUUCUGAAAAUAUAACAAUUCAAGAAAUGAGCACAACUCUCUCACAACAAAUAGAUUUGACAACUCUAUCCCAAGUUACUGGACUAAAACCACAAGAGACGAUAUAUUCUUCUACAAUGACGUUUAAAAGCAUGCCUGUAUUUGCAACUGAUUAUACAACCAUAUCAUAUUCCAAUACAACAUCUCCACCUCUGGAAACAAUGACUGCACCAAAAUUUUUAAAGACACCCGUAGCUGAGACAACCAGAUUCAUGGCAGACAUUUUGUCUACUUCAGCGGCCAUCACUCUGCCUACCAAGAGUACCUCUAUAGGCACUACUACCAACUCCAUGAAAAUAACUAAAUCCCCAUCUUCAGAGAGCACAAGGACAACAAAAAUGGCUGAAGCCAUUGCUACUGAGACCUUUCAUCCAACUACAGCUACGAAUUUUCUAUACAUGUCCGGACUUACCAAGAAUUCAAUUAUAUCCAAGACUUCAGUGACUGGAUCUCAGUCAACCAUUAUGAAGACAACAUCUUUAUUCUCAUCUGCUGAGUCGAUACCCAUAUCUACAACAUCUUGGCCCAAACACAAAUCCACAGGUAUUGAUGCACUUUCAAUCGCCACAGGUAGCCAGGAGUUCCUUGCCUCUACAGCUGCUGGAACCGUACCUUGGUCCAUGGUAGAAGAGACUUCAGCUACAACUACUCAUGUUGGGACUGCAUCAACAUUCCCACCUGAGUCUGUGCUCAACUCCACAGUUGCUCCAGUGGAUUCUGUAUUUCCUAGAAAUCAGACAGCAUCCACAUUGGCAACAACUGGCAUGGAAAUGGCAUCCCCAAUUCAUUCAAAAACGCUCCCAACUAGGCCUAUUGAGAUGAUGCCUGUGCUAACAGCUGAAACAGAAUUGACAUCUACAAGUUUCCAAGACAUCUCUUCACCCAGAAUGGUGGAUACAAUAUCUACCUUCAUACCAAAAAGGGCCUCUUCUGUGGCCCUUUCUUUCAAGACAUCCUCCCCGUUCACCAGAGCUCAGAGUGUACAGCCGGUUAUUGAUGCUGAGACUACACACACAGCCUUGACUCUUGGGGUCACACUUGCACCCAUGGCAACUGACACUCUGCUUCCCCCCAUAACACCCGGGCCAGUAUAUACCCAGAAUACACCCGCAGGUGGCGGAAACAUGCUUCCUUUGAAUGCCACUAGAUCAGCUUCCACAUUCAAGGCAUCUGAGUCUGGUCACACAUCGAUAACUGAUGAUGGUGCCCAUCUGUUCGCUACCAAUGAAACCACGUGGACUCCCAGGCCAGACCGGACCUUGUGGACAUCAGCGUUCCACGGGAGCGCUUCUAAUGCAGGACAUUCAUCCACUACUAGCACUGCUACUAUCCCACCAGAGGCCCCCUCCGGAAGCGAGGCUACCACUAUCACUGAUGCUAGCGUGACUGCUGGUGCCUCUACAGACGGAUAUGCAACAGCUCUAUCCACACUCACGACUUCGUGGCUUGCUAAUUUCGCCACAGUUUCCAGAACCACAUCUGUAACCAAAUUGCCUGAGUUUAAACUUACCACCUUGGGACUAAAAACUACUCCUCUGCCCACAGCAGCUGGAGGUGAGCUUCUUUCAACACCAAGGGAGACAUUGGUUCCACCGGUAGGUAUCAUAUCUACGCUUGCUGACAUUGGACCAAAUGUCUCUACCGAGGAGAGCGCUAACGGUCCUGUGACAAGGACAGAAACAGCUUCCCGUUACCUUGAGGGAAAAUCAACUCUAGCAGUGACAACUGAGCUUUCCCCAUUUGCAACAAUGCUGGAAGCAACAGAAGAAUCUGCACAAAUGGUAACAGCCUUUGUCACCAUUUCCCCUUUUCCUGACGUAGAAAAGUUGACCACCCCAUUGGAUAAUAAAACUGCAACCGCUGAGGUGAGAGGAAGUUGGCUUUCCACAAAAUCGAUGAAAACCACACCUAAGAGCUCAUACGACGGAACCACAGAAAUCUUUAAUUCCGCCCACACCCACACAGCACAUUGGACUUCAGAGGCUCCACCUGAGGGAAAUCCAACUCCAUCUCCCACUUCUGGGAGCACACAGAUAUUCCCUGAACCCCCGGGUGCUUCCACCACCAGGGUAUUGGGGACCAGUUUUGCCCCUCUCCCUACAGACAUGACAGCUAUGUCCUUGUCUGCUGGCAUCUUGUCUCCACAGCCUACUGCUACCCAUUCCUCAGCAGCCCCUGUGCCAUCAGCUAUGGUGACCACAGCAUCGACGUCACCAUUGGGUCAGGCUGCUUCCACAACCAGCGAUACCGUGCCUACCCACAGACACUCGGUUCCCACCACUUCAGAAUCCACAGUGUUCUCUGUCAGGAUGACACCCACGGCAGUUCCCUCUCUGGCAGAGACUCCAGUCCCCUCACGGAGGCCUCCCACUCCCGUGGCAACUAAGGCUGAGACCACCUUUCUCUUCACCUCAGCUGACACAGUAACCCCAUUUACACCCACUCUUGUCUGCUCUAAAUCUCUCCCCGGCAACAUUCCUGUUGCGUCCUCCACCCAUGUGAUUUCAACUAUGUUGACACCAGUAGCAACCCAGCCCAUAUCUCAAGGGGAGGAGACUUCUACCCAUGCUCUCAGCCUUCUGUACCCUCUCAGCAGCAGUGAGGAUGUUGUUAGCUUGGCUCCUAGCUCCACAGAAACUUCUGUUGUUGAUGAGACCAUGCUCUCACACACCUCUGCCAAUAAGCUUACAGUAGAUGGUCACAUUUCUCAGUCUUCAAUAGGUCUUGGAAACACAUUGGUCCCCACCCUAUUAGUGACUGACAUUUCUACUGUAUCUUCUGACAAAGAGCGGAUGACCAUAUCCCUGGGAAACGCCCCUAGAACUAUGGAGGUGACAGAAAUGUCCCCACCAAAGAAUCCUUUUAUUUCAGACUCCCAGAGUACUUCAUCCUUGGAAAUGACAGAUACAGGAUUUGCUGAGACCACAAUUUCCAGUCACCAAACACAUUCACCUUCAGAGUUUCCACUUGCAACUCCACCUGACAGGAUUUCAGCUUCAUCUCCCACUUCUGGGACUAUACAGACUACACCUACCUCUAUCUCAAGUCACACAGUAGAUGCUCACAUUCCAGAAAUGUCUACCAGUCUUGGGAAAACAGCCCUCCCUUCACAAGCCCUGACAAUUACCACAUUUUUGUCUCCUGAAAAAGAAAGCGUCAGUGCCCUUUCAGUAUAUACUCCCAGGACUGAGAAUAUGACAGUAAGUACCACCUCUGUGACUCACCCUUUCUCAUACUGCCAGGAUACUUCAUCUGUAGACACCAUAACUUCCAGGACAACAAGAAUAUCCAAUCCUGUAAAUGUCAACACAACUCUUUCAUACUUGCUUUUCCCUAAGACUCAAACUAAGGUGACUUCAGUUGCCUCUCCCAUUUCUGAAAGUACACAGACCUCCCCUGAGUCCCUGUCUCUUUCCACAACUGGGCUAGCUGGUGCCAAUUUUACAGUCGUCUCUGCUGAUGGGAUCACUACAGCCCUGUCUGCUCCAAAUGCACCUACGGCACUUCUUGGGAAAACCUCUGUGGCGACAUCGACUCCUAUCUACCAGAUGUCCUCAUUGCCAGUCAGUGUCACUGCCUUCAGCUCCAAAAGAGUUUCUGACACUCCCACGAUACCAAUAACAAAAUCUUCUAAAACAGCACACCCAGACUGUUUGAAAAGUCUUUCCAUAGUUACUUCUGGGCCUAUGUCUGAGAUGCCCUCAAUGUCAGUUAAUGGCUCUGCUUUCUCACCUCCAGCUGUUUCUUUUGACACUUCCACAAGAGUUGGAUCAUUCUCUUCAUUAUUGUCUACCCCUAGGACUACUAUGACCCUACAGACAUCUACAUUGGAUGUCGCACCUGGGCCUACUUCAAAAAGCGCACUGUUUUCCUCUGCUUCCUUUACUUCAGGAAUGACAGAGGUGUCCUCCAGGAUCACACCUACAUCCUUUUCCUCUCUGACACAGCCAACUUUCCCCUCUGUGAAAACAAUUCCAACCACUGUUAUGGCGGGGAUAGCGACUCCAUCCAUAGGCACCGCUGCCUCCGCUCUACUCGGUUCUAGGAACACUGAAGCUAUUUCUUCCAUUCCAAAGACCACAUUUUCACCAUUUCGGUCAACAACUCGGCAGUCGUCACAAAGAGAUGAGACUACAACUCUGGGCAUAUUAUCUGGGACUACUAAUGGGUCCUUUUCUCCUGGAAGCAGUAGUACAGUAACGACUCUCACAAACCCUUAUUCCAGAACUGCUGCCCUUGAAAGUGUGCUUUCAUCUACUCCGUCAGAUAAUCUCCAUACUUUAUUGAAUAUUCAGGUUUCCCCAUCUUGGACGAGCUUUAAGAGCACUCCUGGACCCACAGAAAGGGUAAAAGCCACCACUUACCUUUCUUCAAAUACAGAAAAGAUGACUUCCUUGUCAGAAAAUACUUCAGCAGCUGAACUAACAAAAGGUGCCACAUCUGUGGUUACCCCUGUUUCCUACCCCCCACGGACUCCAUCCAUCGCAAUGCCACGCUCUUUGACAUCAUUUCUUUUUUCACCUCAUAGUACUGAAGCCAAGUUCUCCACUCCAGAGACUUUUUUCCCUCUUACAUCCCAAAUGGUUGAAUUUCCAGUUCUGGGAACAAGAAUCACAUCUGGUAACACCCAGUCUCCGCUUAUGACUUCCUGGAACACACCCACAGCUAAAGGUUCUCAAUUUCCAAUUUCCACCACUACUCAUACACCUACACCCUGCAAGGUGGAAACAGAGACUCCAUACCUUGUGCCUGGGUCUUUGUCGACAUUCACAGCUUCUCUGACUGGUCUGGUAUCUGGAGAUGUUAUGGCAAAGUCAUCAAUUUCCACGUCAGGAAUCCUUCCUACGUUGGGGAUAUCUGACAGCCCUUCAUCACCAAUAUCUUCAAGACCUACCACUAUCACUUUGGCUGACAUUAAGCACCCAUUUGAGAAGACAGCUACAUCUGUAACUGCUGGGACUACACUCGCGUGGAAUCCUUCUGGUGCCACUUCAGGAUCUAUACUUUCAGAGGCUACUCGUUCAUCCAUGCUGGCUUGGAUUUUAUCUACUCUCCCUUCAGGUUCUCCACUGGCAACUGUAUCCAGUAUUCCUCACACUAUACCUUCUUCUCCAGGAGAGGUGUCAAAGUCCACAUUUCUGAUUUCUGACACCACACCAGCGCACUCAUUCACUAACUUUGCAACACUACCCUUUGCUGCUGUAAGCACCGCACUCACCCAAACCACCCCUACACCUACAGUGGGCAGUAUCACUACUGGCUUCCCAGUUUCUCUCCCCAUAUCUAUAAAAAUCACAGCUGACAGUGCAUACAUUUCUAAAUCCCCCGAGGCAUCUUCCAGAACCACUGUGACUGCCAACUCCAGGACCGUGUCUCAACCUCUACCCUUUAGCAGAAUGAGUAGGUCACCUCCUGCAACUGACCACAUCCUAUCUAUUAGUUCUGAGCUUCCGCCUAGCCCCGCAGGAACAUCUGCAUGGAACAGAAUCCCAGCUGCAUCAGCAUCCCCUACUUUAGUUCUUCCUAAGCCCACGCUGGACUCCUUUCCAAAUAUAACCACCACUACACUUACUGCUACCACAGCCUCGUUUCCACUCACAUCCCCUGGAGUAACACAUCCUUCUAGAGCAGCUUUGUCUUCACUACUCUCUUCCUCUUCUGAGACAACCCGGCUGGACUCCACACCUUCUUUUCUGUCUAUGGAAACAGCAACUUCCCUUACUGCCACUAAGUCCAUAGUUUCCUUCUACAAUAUUGAAAUGAGCUUCUCUGUGUUUGAUGAAGAGCCAAGGAUCCUUAAUACCAGUGUUGUAAAUGAAUUUGCAGAAAAUUGGUUGAAUUCUAUAUUUCAGAUCAGUGAAUUUGUUCUUGCUAAUCUGGCUAUUCAAAUCAAAACCAGAGACACUUCUGAGGGGGAAAUAACCAUGGACCGCAUUAUUUUGGAACAGAGAGAAGGGCAAGGAAUGGCUACAAUUUCCCGUGUACCAUCCAGCUAUGUUUGUCAGACCAUCCUAAAGGCCAGCUCUUCCUUAGCAGCCACCGAAUUGAUUAGCAGGAUCAAAAGUAAAAUACAUGGCAACCUCACCCAUGGAAACUUCACCAAAGGUCAACUGACGUUAUUAGUAAAAUCUGAACACGUUGCGGUGAAAAAACUAGAGCCGGGAAGGUGCAAAGCCCAGGAAACAGUCUCUAAAUACAAAGGGACCUAUAAGUGGCUCUUAACCAACCCUACUGAGACAGCCCAAACUAGGUGCAUAAAAAACAGGCAUGGAAAUGCUACUAGGAUCUGCUCAAUCAGUAUCCACACUGGCAAAUCUCAGUGGGAAAAACCAAAGUUGAAACAAUGCAAAGUGCUUCAAGGAUUUCCUGAUAAGAUCAUGGAUCUUGCUAACAUUACUAUCAGUGAUGAGAAUGUGGAUGAUGUUGCAGAGCACGUUUUAAAUUUAAUAAAUGCAUCCCCCACUCUGGAUGAAGAAGAAACAAAGAUUAUUGUUUCUAAAGUAUCUGAUAUUUCACAAUGUGAUGAGAUAAGUAUGAAUCUAACCCAGAUUAUAUUACAAAUAAUCAAUGCUGUUUUGGGAAAACAAAACAAUUCAGCCUCUGAUCUGCAUGAAGUGAGAAAUGAAAUUCUGAGGACAAUAGAGCAUGCUGGUCACAAGAUGGAGUUUUCUGGGAGGACAGCAAAUCUGACGGCAGACAGGCUGGCGUUGGCCGUCCUGCGGGUGGACCACACAUUUGAAGGCGUGACCUUCGGCAUUCGCUCCUAUGAAGAAGGUGCAGACCUUGAGAUUUACCUGGAUGAGGUCCCUCUGGGAAGGAUUUUGGCUUCCGUAUACUUGCCUAAAUCACUGAGGGAGAGAAUUCCUCCUAGCAACUUACAGACCAUCUUGUUUAAUUUUUUUGGCCAAACUUCACUCUUUAAGACUGGAAGCGCCACAAAAGCACUAAGCACCUUCGUGGUGAGUGCCAGCCUUUCAGAUACGUCCAUUGAAAACUUGGCUGAGCCAGUGGUUAUCAAUCUGCAACAUGUUGAAGGAAACCAGAAUUCUGAUUGGGUUCACUGUGCCUUUUGGGACUUUGGGAGUAACAAUGGGCAAGGUGGAUGGAAUUCAUCAGGCUGUAAAGUAAAGGAUACGAACGUAAAUCACACAAUCUGUCAGUGUGACCACCUCACCCAUUUUGGAGUCUUAAUGGAUUUAUCCAGGUCUGCAAUGGAUGCAGUGAAUGAACGGAUAUUAGUGCUGAUAACAUACAUUGGAUGUGGAAUCUCCUCCAUUUUCCUGGGAGUUGCAAUAGUGACAUACAUAGCUUUUCACAAACUUCGAAAAGAUCAUCCUUCCAAAAUCCUGAUCAACCUGUGCACAGCACUACUGAUGUUAAACCUGACGUUUCUGGUCAAUUCCUGGUCCUCGUCAUUUCAGAAAGCAGGCCUGUGUGUCACAGCGGCGGCGGCCCUUCAUUACUUCCUGCUCGUCUCUUUGACUUGGAUGGGCCUGGAGGGGGUCCACAUGUAUUUGUCUCUCGUCAGAGUCUUCAACAUAUAUGUCCCUAAUUAUAUCCUUAAAUUUUGUCUAGUUGGUUGGGGAAUCCCAGGGAUCAUGGUGGCAAUCACACUCAGUGUGAAAAAAGAUCUGUAUGGAACUCUGAGCUCAGCAACUCCAUUUUGUUGGAUUAAAGAUGAUUCUAUCUUUUACACCUCAGUUGUGGCUUAUUUUUGCCUCAUAUUUCUAAUGAAUCUCUCCAUGUUCUGCACUGUUCUCGUUCAACUGAAUUCCAUUAACUCCCAAAGCCAGAAGCCUCGGCGGAGGACGAUCCUGCAUGACCUCAAAGGCACAAUGAGCCUGACAUUCUUACUUGGCCUCACCUGGGGGUUUGCUUUUUUCGCCUGGGGACCUGUGAGGAUCUUGUUCUUAUAUCUUUUUGCCAUUUUCAACACGUUGCAAGGAUUCCUCAUUUUCGUGUUUUACUGCUUGAUGAAGGAGAGUGUGCGGGAGCAGUGGCAGAUACACCUCUGUUGUGGGUGGUUACGACUGGGUAACUCUUCUGAUGGGGACAGCAGGUAUGGGCUACAUGUUGGGUAUAAACAAGAGAGACUGAAGAAAACCUUCCAGGACAAAUUGUUGACACCAUCCCUCAAGUCGACUGCCACGAGUUCUACCUUCAAAUCUUUAGGCUCUGCACAAUGCACUCAUUCAGAAAUCAGCUUCCCAAAUGGUGACUUUGAUGAAGAUCCCUACUGUUUCUCUCCCUUGAGUUGUGAAGUUGUGCCUAAUUAUGUGGGAAGAAUAUUACCUGUGGAAGUCAAAAUGAAUUCCACUCACAAAGAUUUCUUGACUAAUUCCCAGCAGAGAUACCCACCUCCCCCCAGCCCCAGAUUAGGGAAAAUGUUGAGUUUGUGA